AUGGCUUCUAACAUCCAUGGAGGACCUGGCUCCUUCCAAGAUCAGCGCUUCCCCAGGAACAACGAUCACGAUAGUCGCGCUACGAUGGCAAACUCUAUGCCUACCAAGCCCUCCUCUCAUUACUACCCCAACGGAAUUCCCGACGGCUACAAGAUGGUCGGUACCAAGGAGGCAGAGACGCCUAGACUUUACAUCGAAGACAAUCUUCCGAUCGCCUUCUACAACCAGCCGACGAAGGAGAUCAAGGCUAUUUUUAGCACCAACAAUGGCGAGUUUCCCACUCGCGGUCUCAGCCACGUCCUCCCAGUACGCCAGAUUGAUUUAUGGAGCGCUGAAGAGCUCCAGGAGAGGGCCAAUGCCAUCCGCAAGAAGCAUUGGAGUCACAUGAAGUCCAUGCCGCAGCUGGAGUUCUGGGAAGACUUGUAUGAUUAUUUCGACUGCUAUGACAUCUACUUCCAAGGCGCGAUGAACCUUUGGAAUCUGAUGCUUCAUCUCUACCACGAAAAUCAAUGUCUCGUUCGCAACCUCCAUCAAGAAAUCGUUGCAGAAGUUGGUCACUGGUGCGACGAAUGGGCUGCAAAGAGCGAGAACAAGAAGAAGCUGCUAGACUUCAAAGAAUUCCAGGGCGACGUUCUCAAUCUGCUGAGCUCAGAGGAUCGCGUUGACCUCCAGGGAUUGCCUCCUGUCAGCAUGGAACUUGUCCGCAAUGCUCUGAAGUUUCGACAUGAUCAGCUUCUAGGCAAGCCAUGGGCUCAACCAGCCUUGUACCCGCAAAAUAGCCUCGGGUACCAGUGGGAAGGAGGCACACUGCAACAUUGGCUUGCGGGUCAACCCGUUCAAGAUACUCCUAGUGGACUUGCCCCAGCAUCAACCGCCCCAAACCUGACGAAGGGCAGCCCCGACUCCCCGCUGUCCCAAACGAGCCCGGCUGCCAAAGCCUCUCCUCCGAAGCCAUUGAUCGUGAGCGGUACAUCUAGGCAAACUCCAAUCGACCAUCUCCAUCACGAUGUUGCCACGGCCGUGAAUCGCGUCAGCUACCCCGAGGGUACCCCAGCGGACAAGCGGCAGACCUUUUCGGCAAGUCAUGGCCAUGGUAACGAUGGUUCUCAGGCGAAAAUGCAGGUCCGGGAGGGUCCACCUUUUACCCUCAUGCUAUUAGACCUGAUGGUCAUCCAUUCAGCACGCCUUUCACUACAGGUCCACAUGGUAUGCCUCAGCCCUAUCUUGGCCCCGUUAGCCCCCUUCAUGCUCCCUCUCAUGCCCCCCCUCAAGGGCACUCUCAAGGGCACUCUCAUGGACCCUCUCGUGGACCUCCUAAUGGACCCUCUCGUGGACUUCCUCAUGGGCCUCCCCAUGGACCCAUGGAACCUCCUGCUGGUCCUGGAAAUCGCCGUUACGGCCCACCCUCGCAGGUCAUUCCGUCUCCUCAAAGACCUAAUGACAACCGCUUCAACAACGCUGGGCAUUCGGCGCAAAUACCGGGCUCUGUUCCCGUGGGCGGCGCGCAGCAGCGUGCUCAAUCUGCUGCUUUUCCCGGAGUGGCACCUGAGCUGGUUUCCUUUCAGAGACACAACGGCAAGCGGAAUGCAUCAACAGACCCCCAUUUUGGCCAAGCAGGCGACCGCGGCUCGCAAAUGGGCCAUCCGCGAUUUGAGACAAGAUUCAACUCGCGAGCAGCGCCUAACUCGAACGGCCCUUCUCAUCAUCAGCAGCGCACCCGUGGCGAUUUAA